UAAAACUACUAGCAUUGCUCUUAGUUGCUUAACCAAUAGGUAUAGUAGUGGAAUACUGAUAAAAAGCUUUUAACAGUUUUAUUACUAAUGUUACAAUCGAAAAGAUUUAUAUUAUUACCAUCAAAUUAUCACCACAAAGGUGUGUGCCAAAAAUUAUAAUCUAAAGGAGAGCUGCGACUGCAGGGGACCGGUUGAUUCUUUACAUAAAAUUUCAAUGUGUUCUGGAAAUGGUUUGCAAAGAGGACGUGGUAUCAUGGUUUAAAGAAUUGGAAAGCUAUAAACGCAUAGACGCAAUGUGUACAUUGUUAAACAUGUGCUUACCAUUCGAACUGCGCUUUAUUGGCACUUAUUUGGAAGAGCUCGGUAAGCGGGAUUUUCAGGAGUUGCGUGGUGCCGAACUUAGAGCCAACAAUCCCACAGAUCUGGCAGCUGAUAUUGGCGGCGCCAAUUCAGAUCCGAGAACGCGACGAAAAAUGGCUUUAUAUGUAUCAUUAUUACGUUCAUGUAAUUUUGUUUGUGCCACCACAUUGUACAAUGAAAUGGUCAGUUUAGAGCAGAGUGGUCUACUGAAGGGUUUGUAUGGUGAUCUUUUGGAGGAGAUUCUCUUAUUGUAUACUAUGGCGUUACAUCAUCCUGCCUUUACGUUUGAUCAGAAAUCACAUUUUGGUGAAAUAUUAGAGAAGUUGAAACUUGAAGACCAGCGAAUACAUUAUCAAGAACAGCAAGAGCACAUAAUUGCACCUGUGAGUGGUUGCCAUAAUCAGUCAAGUAUUGCACACAAUAUGUCUGUUCCACCACCCAAUUUGCCUGGCUUGAUACCGCCACCACCUGGUAUCAUGUUUGUCAAAACACCGGGGGUUCAGCCUACAAGCACAGAUGGUGUACCUGAAUUAAGUUCACCGCCAGUUCUGACAAGUGCUGGUGGUGUAGUGCCAAUCCUAGCCGAAGUAACGCAUCCUCCACCUGGGCUGCCGCUGCCUCAGUACAACAUGACAGAGUUCAUAGGACAACAUGCAUGGCCGGCAAAUAUUAUUGUAUCUCCACUAACACAACCGUUAGAGGUAUUAAAUUACCCUACGGCGGCGGGUGCGCCUCAGUCUCCGCUGGUGUCGUCUCCGGGCGACAGUCGCGCGGGCUCGCCCCGGAUGCGGCGGCGUCCGUCCCGCGACCGCUCGCCGCCAUUACCACCACUGCCCACCGCCGGCUCAGAACCAAACCCCUUGCCACACAUUACUGCCAACUUUGAAAAUUUAACAGUAGCCGAGAUACGACAUAAUAUAGGCGAAGAUAGGUUACGUGAAAUCAAUGCAGUACAUCAACAAUAUCGAUCAUUAGAAAAAUUGAAUGGAGUAAGAAGACGAGCCGGCGCGUACAUUCCGCCGACGCGCUCGUCGUCGGACAGCGGGUCGAGCGCCGCGUCCUCUCCGCCCGGGACUCCUGCGCCCUCGCAGCGCAGGGCCACGCCCUCGGGCCCCGCGCCCGCGCCCCCGGUGCCUUUCCUCCCCUACCCUCGGCCUUUCGCCUAUCCCACACCCCCCCCGGGUUUCAGACCACCUCAGCCGUCUUUCGCGAACGGCGAACCCCCACCAUAUUCGACUCCUUCAUACGCCGGCUUCGUUCCCGUCAUAUACGCACCACCUAAACUAUCGUGUUGGAACUGCGGCGCGUCCGGCCACGCCGGCCACGACUGCAAGGAGCCCAGCAUGGAGGAGAUGACUCGAGCCGGCGGAUACCAGCUGGAUUUCGGUGGCGCACCUCCGGAUACAGCGGACAAGUAGCAUUGGUGGCCUCGCUGAGGUGAGUUGUUGACUCUAUACGGUCGGCGUCGCCGUUGUCGUCGCAGGCAGGUCGCACGCGGACGGCGACUGGAGUCGGGCGGAGCUCGUCGCUCAGCCGGGGCGGUACAAAUACCCUUUUUUAAUGCAAUCUGACAUUUCUCUUUAUAGAUUAAAAUUAACAGUGUGUACAGUGUUAGUGUUACAUGCGCUUGCUGUAACGGUGUGCUCUAUUGUGGUGGUAAUUAAUGCGCAUCACGCUCUCCAGUGUAUUGCACUUUCAAUAAUUUAUUUUUAUAAAAUCCUAGAUUUAGGUUAAAUUUGAUUUUUGCAAGCAUAGAUAAUCAACUUGUUGUAUCAAUCAGUAGCGGGGCAAUCUUCCUGUUCUAGCACUACUCCACGGCAUAUCCUUAGUCUGUAAACAUAGAAUGGUGAUUUACUUAUCAUCGUAAUAUAUGGUAUUCUUGUCUAAUGGGAUUAUGUAGUUGAAAUAUGCAGUACUAUCUAAAUAAGACAUUCAAAAAAAUCAAUAUGAUAAUUGUCGUUAUUUGAGGGAUUUUCAAGGAUAUCCAUUUUACGCUAACUGAAGUAAACAAUGUAAUGAAGAUACGUAAGUGGGCGUAGGUCUGGUACAUUUAUUAUUUUAAUUGAGAAUUAAAAAAACUAGCAAU